AUGUGCACAGUACUUGGAGCCCCCCGCACGGUUAGUGUGAGAUUCCACUCAUGUACACUUUUACUUAUUUCGGUGGCAAUGCCCCGCGCCCGCGUGGUGGACGAGCGCGGGACGAAGGUGCUGGAGAAGCACUACAACAGCGGCAGCAUGAUCGAGCUCAAGUGCGUGAUCGAGAGGGUGCCCUUCCCCCCCGCCGCCGUCACCUGGCGGAGGGACGCCACGCUGCUCUCCUUCAACACCUCCAGAGGCGGCAUCAGCGUGAAGGGCGACGCGGCGUCAGGAUACAUCCGGAGCCGCCUGUACGUGCGCGAGGCGUCUCCCGCGGACUCGGGCGUGUACUCGUGCUGGUACGGCAACUACACCAGCGACACAGUUACCGUGCACGUCAUAGCAGGUGAAAACUCUGCGGCGAUGCAGCACGACGCCCUGCCCGGCACCACGUCCAGCGGGGGGUCGUCCCUCCCCAGGCCGGCGUGGCUCGCAGCUUACCUUCACCUGUGCCUCCUUGUGGCUCUCUACUCCCUCGCCGGCGGCUCCAGCGUCGGGGCGCGGCUCCUGGGGCAGAAGACAAAGGCUCCGCGGCUUGCCAGGUGGAUCCCGACGUCCCUUCCUGCUUGCGAGACGCUGCUCUGCUCCGGCGACCUGCAGAGAUGAUGAGUGUGGCUGCGAGAGGCAUCGAGUGCCACGGAUGGAUGCUAUGACGCAAAGACAACCGGGGGGGCAUUAUAAGUUUAUGGUCUUACUUGUAAAAACCUGAUAGUGUGACGAGUCGCAACUCGCUCUUUGUAACACAGCUUAUAAAGUUACGGUUUUAUUUUGCAAGAAACAAAAGAAUGCUGGUUUAGGCAGUUAUUUACGGUGUUACGAAAUUUCACCCAGCGGAAGAAUGGCAAGUUGUUUUGUCGUGUGUCAGAGGCUCCCAUGGGACAUCUGAAGUAUGUCCGAACGCCUGGUGACCUCUACGAGUAUACAGGGAAGCUUCGUCCGAAUAAACCUACCGUGAGUAAGAAAUGACAGAGCACAGAGAUAUUUACGAAGGCAAAGAUGGAGGCGUAUGCAGGAUAUAUUUUCGUCAUUUAAUUAUUCAAGAACAAACACUUGCCUUAAGCUAAAAAGAAAAUAUCGUUGUACAGGUCACUCGCCUACAUCCAGCUAUGGGACGAGUAAUGGCAGAGCACGUACAGUACUUGUGGCUACUGAUGUUAUCAUCUGAUGGUUCCUAAAUUUUAGCUGUAUUUUUUUAAGAACAUAUAACCUUCAUCCACGUGUAUUAAUAGU